AUGAAUGACUUUAGAGGAGGGACACGACGAAGUGGUCGUAGACCAAACGUGGUAUGGAAAAACCAGGAAAAAAUGGAGGAAAGCAACAUGCUUAUUGGCAAGAUCAUUGUUGAUAAAGGGAUUAACAAAAAGGAAGUUUUAUCUACAAUCCGGAAAGGAUGGAACUUGAACGAAACAGUAGAUGUAGUUGAUCUUGGUGAAGAGGCUUUUGUGUUCACGUUCACAGAGAUGAAGGAUAAGUGCAGACUACUGAAGGGAAGGCCAUGGACUAUUGAUGGGUCUCUCAUGAGCAUACAGGAAUGGUCAGAGUUCAAAGUCCUUAAUGAGGUCUCCUUCGACAGAACUCCUGUCUGGGUCCAGUUCCAUAAUGUACCUCUCAGGAUUCUAGAGUUUGAAGAAAACGUGUGGAACAUGGGCAACUCUGUGGGAGAUUUAGUAUGGUACGAAAGGCCAAAGACUGAAGGUAAAUAUACAAGAUGCUUUGCCAGAGCUAGAGUGUUGAUCGACAUAAGGAGGCCAUUGACCCAUGGCUUUUGGACAGCGAGACCUGAUGGAUCAGAGAUCUGGAUCUCGGUGAAAUACGAACGACUGCAAUCCUUUUGUUACAAAUGCAGUCUCAUUGGUCAUGAUAGCAAAACGUGCAGAAAGGAAUUUGUGAUCAAUCAGAAAGGGGAACGUGUAUAUGGGCCUUGGACAGUAACUGGAGUGGAGAGGGACAAGGAGGAGGCUCUAAUUCAGUACGACAAGAAUUGA